UACAUCUUUCUAGUCUAAAUCAUAAUUUUCAACAUGAUCAUUUGAUAAACUGUUAAAGUCUACAUUAUCGAGUGUGUUCCCAGGUUAAACAACCCACUCAAUACUUCCAUUAUUUUUUAAAUUGAUUUAUCCAACAUGCUUAAAUUAAGAUGCAUUUGUUAUAUAUUCUUAAUGAGUAAAAUUCAUAGUGCCAGGUUAGCUGGAUAUAUGAACGAUGGGGAAUCGCUAAAUGAAGAAGACAAUAAAAUCAAAGAUAAAUAUAAUAAUAAUAAUCAAAUAUACAAAUAUUUCGAUAAUGAUGAUUUAGAAAAAAUAGAUUCACGUGAAAGUAUUGAAAAAGAAAGUAAAGAACAAGAGAGGAUUGUAUUUAAAGAAAUAAAAGAUAUAGAUGAGAGUAAAGAAGACGUAGAAGAGGUGAAUGCAGCGAAAGAAGAACUAAAUAAUAAAAUAGACAAUUCGAAAAAGCCAACGAAGAAAGAAAAAGAACUGACAAUUGUUGAAUACGAUAAGGACGAUUCUUCAUAUGAGAUUUCUACAGAAAAAACAAUUUCACAUGUACGUCACGAUUCCAAAAAGCUGGACACAAAAAAGGUGGACUUAAAAAGGCCGGACACAAAAAAGCUGCUGUUUAGGAAUUGUCGAGAUCGGACAUCAGACGAUCUUUGCAGGAACACCCUGAUCGACUAUCCCUACGCGGCGUCCAUUCAGAGGCUGGGCUCUCAUUACGCGACAGGAGCUCUUCUAAAUAAACGGUGGAUCGUGACAGUCGCUGGGGAGUUUUACAACUUUAAAAAUCUUUCCAGUACCAGAGAAUCAAUAAAACUAUACAGAGCGAGACUAGGCUCCGUGAACUGCAAAAGAGGUGGAAUCUCCCUUCCCUUGCAAGAGGUGGCGAUCCACCCGUUGUAUGUGCCAGGAGAGCCUGGCUACGACUUGGGACUGAUACGACUGGGCGAGCUGGUGAAGUAUUCGGACUACAUAAAACCAAUAAAGCUAUCUGUGGUUACGGAGAGGGUGAUUAGUGCUAAUUUCCUGACUAUGUACUGGCCGAGAUUGGUUGUGAAAGGUGAGACUCUCCCCCGCAAUGCCAGCGAGCGAGCCAAACCCACCAGCCUGAGAGUGUCAACCCAAAAGCUGGUGAGCAGCCAUUACUGCCACAAGAUGAUGCUGGAUAUGAACGUACAUCUGCAAGAAGCAAGCCUGUGCUUGAAGCCUUUGGUCACCCAUCACAGCUUAUGCAAGCCAGACCCAGGCGCUCCCAUUGUAGCAGAUGAUGGCCUCUGGGGUGUCACCUCAGGCUGGACAUCAAACCUGUGCUACAAACUGCCAGGGCCUACGAUCUUCACGCGAACCUCUGCGCCACUCGUGAGCACCUGGUUAGAAGAAAAAAUUCAAGAGGUGUAGUUAUUAUUUUAGUAUGAUAUAUGAAAUGACUGUGAGGCCUUUAUUCAAAGAUGUGAGGAAUUGAUUUAACCCGUGACCCGUGAAGGAUCCAAAACUAUCUCACGCUUUCAAGUUCCUUGGGACGCGCGAGAGGUUAAUAUAACUAGGUUAUUUUCAUUAUGGAAUGGUUAUAUGGAUACUCAACUCUUGAGUAUGUGUUCAUUGACCACAUUACUUGUUGAGCUCUUAUAUUUUCCAACUACCAUCACGACAACAUCUCCAGGUCUCUUCUACAAUCCUGGUAACCUUUCUGAGGCUUUGUUCGCGUACAAAAUUUGGAUGAUUAUGUGUUGAUCAGUUAUUAACACUUUCGCUGACACCUACGUCGGUAGACGUAGUAAACUAUAUACUCCGUUGUGUCUCGUUUACUGUCAGCGAAUCUAAUGAGUGAAAUGUGUGCUGUGUAUUUAUUUGUUUAGUUAUUAUUAGUUACACGUGUGUCUACCAGUUUGUACAUUUUUAAUAUAUUAUGUGAUAAUUCGAAAAACCUCGUUUGAUUCAAAUAUUUAUUU